ACGAAGUGAGGUCGACGAGUUCACAUCUUCUAUAUCUUAAUGCGGAUGAAGCACUAGAGGUGCAUGUCCGCAUGUAGUCGUAGUUCGUAUAGCUGACGCCGCCUGGGUUGAACUGACCUCUCGUCUCAGUACCUACAAGGCUACACGACUUGUAGUUCCGGUGACCGGUGUUUGCAUGCCAUCAUGCCUACCAGUGACAAAACAUCAAGGGAAGUAGAACAAGGAGGCAACAAUAACCCUGCGGAGUCAACGAGCAGAGGUUGCGUGAGCGUCGUCGUGGUCGGUGAUGUCGGCCACUCCCCCCGCAUGGCUUAUCAUGCGCUAUCCUUUGCUCAAGAAAAUUAUGAUGUAAAUUUAGUGGGGUACAUGGGCUCUCGACCUCAAGAAGAGUUGCUGAGCCAUCCCAAAAUUUCAAUUGUUCCUUUGAGGAAAGUUCCUUCCUGCCUCAACAGUUUGCCAAAUCUGAUUAGGUUUGUUUUUCGUGUUUUAUGGCAAGCUUUCUCGUUGUGGUUCACACUUUUAUUAUCAAAGCGUCCGCAAUAUCUGAUGCUACAAAACCCUCCUUGUGUGCCUGCUCUGCCUGUAUGCUGGCUCUACUGCCUCAUUUUUCGUGUGCGUCUUAUAUUGGACUGGCAUAAUUAUGGCUACAGUAUCCUCGCUUUGACAUUAGGACAAAGACAUCCGCUUGUGCACGUUUAUAAAACAAUUGAGAAAGUUUUCGGCAGAAUGGCGUCUGCCGGGCUGUGCGUGAGCCGUGCCAUGAAGGACGAUCUCAAGAGGAGCUGGGGCGUGGAUCACAUUACUGUUCACUACGAUAGACCCCCAUUGCGUUUCCAGCCAAUAUCUGUUGAGGCCAAACACGAUCUCUUCCUUAAGCUAUCAUCUCAACUGCCGUGCUUUAGUGGCAGCGCUCCAGAUAAAACAGUCUUCACUGAACGUUUCGCGGACGGUCGCGUUUCUCAUAGUGAAGACCGACCGGCUCUGCUAGUUUCAUCCACGAGCUGGACAGAAGAUGAAGACUUUUCUGUUUUAUUACGCGCCCUCACUGCUUAUGAGGACCGCGCCUCACUCAAGCCUGAGCAAUACCCGCGCCUCAUUGUUGUUGUUACCGGAAAAGGGCCCUUAAAGGACUACUACUUAAACCUGGCACGGCGAUGUGAUUGGCAAACUGUGCAGUUGGAAACGGUGUGGCUUGAGCCCGAAGAUUAUCCACGACUGCUUGCAGCUGCUGACGUUGGCCUCAGUCUGCACACCUCAAGUUCGGGCUUUGAUUUACCCAUGAAGGUUGUGGAUAUGUUUGGUUGUGGCUUGCCAGUCAUUGCUCAGUACUACCCUACCAUCGAGGAGCUCGUCAAACCAAACAUUAACGGUGUGACUUUCAAGAAUGACGAAGAACUUGCUGAUCGUCUUCUCUCUUGGUUUAGAGGAUUCCCUCACAGUGAAAGUCACCAGAAACGACGUGCUGCCAUGCUAGAAAACAUCGAACACUUUAGGCGACUUCGCUGGCACGAGUGCUGGCAGUGCAACGUGAUGCCGCUCUUCAGCGACCGCUGCUCCUUGCCUCCAGAGCGUCCUGAGUAGUUAGGCGAUCAUUGGAGGUUCUUCAUCAAAUAUCUAACGGUAGCAUAAACUUACCUUUCUUUGUAUUGGAUUUUUAUCUACUUACAACUCUGAUAUAUUCAAAUUCUGCUGCUAAUUUUGUAUGAAAAUUUAAUAUCGGAGCACUGGCCGAAUUUUACUGGCGUUUCUUGGAGUAAUUCUUGUGUCAGUCUAUCGAAAAAUUGAAAUUAUUUGUAACGAAUUCAAGUCUGGAUGUCAUCACCACGGAAUGUUUGCAGUGAAAAACGUAACGUGCUGUCUAAAGACAUUCGAAGCUGAAGCCUUCUGAGGAGAGAUUGUGGACGUGAAUCAUUUUUCCUUCACGACUUUAUUUUGUGAACUAAACUCAAUCUUGAGGGUUCGUUGAUGACAGAAUAAAGGAGGACUCUGUAUUGGUGUCUUUAUAGUCUGCGGUGUUUGUUAUUUGUGUUGUUGAAUUUUUUGUUUCACAUCUCUUUAUUUUUGCUUUGAUUUUAAGGAGCACAUAAGUAGAUACGACAGAACUUCUGAAGGUCUGAGCUAAUUUUUGUCUUUUAAACUUGACCGGUUAUUGAAUGUGAUUUGUUGUUAUCCUUCCUGUACACGACCUGACGAGUGGCGCUUGGUAUCAUAGUAAUUUUUCUGCGUUUUCCAUUGCGUGUUCUUUUUCUGUUCCUCUUGUGUGCUAUAACCUUUAUUUGUGCGUUUCCUGACAGUGUAAAGCAUAUAUGUUUUUGUUACCUUUUUCCUGAUGAACUUUUAUCACUAUCAUUGAGGGCAUUAGUUUCUCGAUCAGCAUGACUAAGAGAAAUA